ACAGAGUAACCUGAAAACAUGGCUAAAAAUUCAGGAAGUCUUGUGCCUGCCUGAAUUCACCUUGUUCCAUAUUGCUACUUGGCUAGAAGACAGAAAUUUGACAUAGGUCUAUGUCAGGAGGUUUGGAAGCUGCUAACCCCUGACUAAAAGACUUUCAUCUCCACUGUAAACUGUAACCAAUGAAGUAACCUUGGUGUGAAGAGAAGGAACAAGAAAAUUUGCAAAUUUUUGUGACAAUUCCCAGCAAGUGCUCCAGAAAAGAACUUUUUAAGCAUUGGGUGACCGUGAGCUUUGCUCCAUCAGAUGUACUGCCAGAGGAUCUCUCUGCUGCUUUUCUGUGCUUCCUGUUCACACCAGAUGGGAUAACAAACCUCGAGGAGUAUGUCCCAGAGCAAAUGAGCAUGGCUGCAGAAGGUGUGCUGGGCCAUGUACAUGCAGAAGUUUUAGGUAGCUUAAAAAGGGAUGCUCCCAAAGAAGUUCAGACACCAGGAGAGUUCAAAUGUGAGCUGUGUGAAUUAUCAGCCCUGUACACAUAUUAUGGGCAGACAUCACCAAACUCACACUCAAUUGUGCUUUUGGAAGAAGCUUAUGUCAUGAAGGAUUCUUUCACCCCUGACAAGGACAAGUUCCUCAUCAUUAGGUCUCAUUGCAGUUUGUGUAGGAGAGCAGUGUGUGUUGGUACAGACUGUUGUCUGUUCUACUCCAAAAGUUUCUGCCUUCCCUGCUUGAAGGAAAACCUAAAGGCCUUUCCUUUCGAAAUGCAAGAAGACAUGGAUAAAAGGAAGCCCCAGCAGAAAUCCUGUAAAAAAACGGAUACAAAGCAUAAAUCUUGAAGGUCCAAGAGCGACAGUUCUUUGGCUGGGGUUUCUCCUCUCUCUGCUUGGAGACUAUCACGUUGCUCCUUUUAAAGAAGUGACCUUCAUCAGCUCACUACUACCAGAGAGAGCAGCACAUUUCCUUGCCCUUGGCUUGGGUUCAGACAUCCCCGUGCAGCGCCGGCCGCGCCAGGGAGCGGCUCUGAGGUGCUGAGGAGCCAGAAGGGAAGGCAGAUGAGCCUGCUGUCACCAUGUGAAAUGCUUGCAGUAACAAACCAAACAGCACAGAGCAUAGGAACUGUGUCCAGAUUUCCACAUUUGCUAUUUUAGUGCUUUGUGUUGUUCCUGACACUCCCUACAGUGUUAUGAAAUUCCGAAACAGAUUGAUCUGGCUUAAUUCAGCAUAUACCCUAGAAGGUCAGUGUACACCAAUUGUUAAUCUGGCAGUGCUGUCCUGCAAGAUUACAUAAGGCAGGGAAUUUAAAGCUUUAUUUUUAAGUCUAAAAUAAAAGUGCUGUGAGAAAAUGUCAUAAAUAUAAUACCUAAAUUUCUCAGUAUGGUAAUCUUAAUGCUAUCACAGCACUGAGACUUGAGACUUUGAAGGUUGAUGUUUCUGCAAUCAAUAAAAAUAUUUACAAGUCCCUUGCAUUUGCAGUCACUUUUCACUUAACCUUCCAGUCCAUGUCAGCACAGCAACUGGAGAGGACCCUGAAUACAUUUGGCUCAUGCUUUACAAUAAAGAUGACUUCUUUUUCACUUUCAGAGCACUUAAUCUGGAAAUAGAAAAGUUCCAUUAAUACACUCAG